CAACUGAUAUAAUCAGGGACCUUUGCAUUAUGCGAUAUUAAAUUUGCGGUCAGUGUCACAAUGAGUGUGUUCGCCUUUGCGUUUCUUGUGGUGCUCGUUAUUCAGGCUUCCAGUGUGGAGAUCAAGCAGAUCGUUGCACAAAUUGAAAAUACUCAAAAUAAGCUUCAUUUGUACAACUCCACUGUGCAAGUUUUGAGUGCGAUUAAAGAAAAUUUGAUUUUCAAUCUUCAAUGGCAUGACGGCCUUAACUUAAGAGAACUGAAAAAUAUUUAUGAAUGUUACAAGAGCGAAUAUGAGGAGGUCAUAGGAUCUGAUCUAGGACAUUAUUCGCCUUUGUCCGCUAGCACUGCUGCAAUUGAAGUACUACCACAUCCAACACCUGGUGAAGAAUGGCGUAUUCAACACGAGCUGGCUUACAAUACGUGGCAGAAACUAGUUGCAAGCUUUGAUCUAAAUAACAAGCUAGCUCAAAAGGUAAUAUCGUGGCAAACGAUGCAGGAAUUACGGGAUCUUCCAAACUUAAAUACGGCCACUCUUCAAUUGGAAGACCUUCGGAUGAUCGUCAACGGUGAGUCGCCUAAAAAACUUGCCGAUGAACUUGUGGCCGCUCUUCGCAUAGCCAAGCGAUACCCUCGAAUCGGCGCAUUUCUCCAAGCUGUUGAUACAUUCGCCCAUUUCAUCCAGACCCGCCUACAGCACACCCCUAGUCACGCAUCUCUCCUGGCCGAAAUCUCAACCACGUUACUCAAAGUAAUAUCCGUAAGAACGCCGAAUUUCGACGAAUGUAUAGACGCAACAGCCGAAGCAGUCCAAAAACUAGCAAUCUUAGCCCAAGGCGAGCUCGAAGAAACCCCCCAAUCCGCUCACGUCGAAUUAUUCAUGGGAGGAUUCAGCAAUCUUCUUGUCAUCUCCCGCAAUCUUUUAACUGGCUCGAAGACAUCCCACCUCGACUUUACGCUUGAUACUCUCACGCACACAAUCGAGGCCAUCUUUCCGGGGAAAACACUGGUAAAGCAAGCGCUGGCAAUUGAAGCUCUCUUUCUUAAGCGAAAUUUGCUAAUGUUUCACCACCAUGCAAACUUCAGUUGCCUGAGGGACCUACACACUUUUAGGACAACACAAACUCGCCAGUUGAUCUCGGAAAUUUCCGCAGAAGUGCGACGCGCCGCAUUUGCGGUGGAGGAAGAGAACCUCCUCCCAUUACUACAAGCGUUAGCUGUAAGAAUGCAAAAUAUUUUUCGGAUGAGUCACGAGGACAACUUGCAAGUUUUAUUUCUGCACACAUGCUCAACGUGUACGGGGAUUGAAUUCAUCGAAUUGGCACAAAAGUUGGUCAUUGAUUCGUAUAGCUCUCCCGCUAAAGGCAAGUCUGCAAUGGCACUAUUAAGGAGGACGCUUGGUGAAGUACAAGAGACGUGUCUCACACAACUUUGGCUUAAUGAAAUUGCAUAAGGAUGUUAAUAAAAUUAUGAAAUCCAAA